GCACGAAAUAAAGAGGCCUUCAGUCAUUGGGCCAUUGUGCGAAUCUCCUUUUGGCUUCUCCGCCGCCUGAAUGAGCGUCUCAGGAUCUUCGUCAUGACUCUUAAAUCUGGGCCUGUCAGUUCGGCCCAGCGUUUCUCGUCUCUAGGCACGGCAGGGGAUUUACAGAGUUUAACCAAUCAUAUAACGUCGACCUCAGGUUGCCAGGCAGAUUAUGCUAAUAAGACCCCGCCUUCUAUGCUGCUCCCACUCUGCGGCGGGAAGAACCACCUGGAGGUGGCGGGGGGGUUUGAUUUCCAUCACCCCUAGGGAGAGAGGACCAGGGACCCACUGAUCUUCCAGCUCCCCUCACCCAACAUCGUGCAUGCUGCAGACAGACCCUUCUGUCUUUCAUGCACAUGCGUGUGCUGGACAGAUGACUGUCCCCCACCCUGUGCUGCUGUAGGUGGCCCGGACCCGGAGCUGUCCAGCAGGAAAAGAUGGAUUCCAAAGAUGAAAACUCACACGUGUGGCCACCAUCUGCAGAGCAUGAACAGAACACCACACAGGUACACUUUGUUCCGGACGCUGGAACUGUGGCUCAGAUUGUCUAUACUGAUGACCAGGGCCGCCCCCCCCAGCAGGUGGUGUAUACAGCAGAUGGUGCCUCCUACACUUCAGUGGAUGGUCCAGAGCACACACUGGUGUACAUUCAUCCUGUGGAAGCUGCACAGACCCUGUUUACAGACCCAGGCCAGGUAGCUUAUGUCCAACAGGAUACCACAGCUCAACAGGUGCUGCCUUCCAUUGAGAGCAUGGAUGGUUCCGACCCUCUGGCAACUCUGCAGAACCCCAUAGCUAGACUGGAGGCAAAAGAGGAAGAGGAGGAGGAGGAAGAUACUGAGGAAGAGGAGGAAGAAGAUGUUGAAGACACAGAUCUGGAUGACUGGGAGCCAGACCCGCCCCGGCCCUUUGACCCCCAUGACUUGUGGUGUGAGGAGUGUAAUAAUGCGCAUUCUUCAGUGUGCCCAAAGCAUGGACCCUUGCAUCCAAUCCCCAACCGGCCUGUGCUCACUCGGGCCCGGGCCAGUCUGCCCCUGGUCCUCUACAUAGACAGGUUCCUUGGCGGUGUGUUCUCGAAGAGGCGCAUUCCCAAGCGCACCCAGUUUGGCCCUGUGGAGGGGCCACUUGUCAGGGGAUCUGAGCUGAAAGACUGUUAUAUUCAUCUGAAGGUGUCUCUUGAUAAAGGGGACAGAAAAGACAGGGAUUUGCACGAGGACCUGUGGUUUGAGUUGUCUGAUGAGAGCCUCUGUAACUGGAUGAUGUUCGUGCGUCCAGCCCAGAACCACCUGGAGCAGAACCUGGUGGCUUAUCAGUACGGCCACCACGUGUAUUACACGACCAUAAAGAACGUGGAGCCCAAGCAGGAGCUGAAGGUGUGGUAUGCUGCGUCCUAUGCUGAGUUCGUGAACCAGAAAAUUCAUGACAUUUCUGAGGAAGAAAGGAAAGUUCUUCGUGAGCAAGAGAAGAAUUGGCCCUGCUAUGAGUGUAAUCGCCGGUUUAUAAGCUCGGAACAGUUGCAACAGCAUCUCAAUUCUCAUGAUGAGAAACUGGAUGUGUUUAGCAGGACAAGAGGCAGAGGAAGGGGCCGAGGCAAGAGGCGAUUUGGCCCAGGUCGACGGCCAGGGCGUCCUCCAAAGUUUAUCCGCUUGGAAAUAACCAGUGAAAAUGGGGAAAAGAGUGACGACGGGACACAGGACUUGCUGCAUUUUCCAACAAAGGAGCAGUUUGAUGAGGCUGAACCAGCUCCUCUGAAUGGCCUGGACCAACCGGAGCAGACCACCAUCCCGGUCCCUCUGCUCCCACAGGAGACCCAGGCUUCUCUGGAACAUGAACCAGAAACUCACACCCUGCAUUUGCAGCCGCAGCAUGAAGAAAGCGUGGUGCCCACCCAGAGCACCUUGACUGCUGACGACAUGCGCAGGGCCAAACGCAUCCGAUUGGAGCUGCAGAAUGCAGCUCUUCAGCAUCUGUUUAUUCGGAAGUCCUUCCGGCCUUUUAAAUGUUUGCAGUGUGGGAAGGCCUUCCGGGAAAAGGACAAACUGGACCAACACUUGCGCUUCCAUGGGCGGGAGGGGAACUGCCCUUUGACCUGUGAUCUCUGUAAUAAGGGCUUCAUCAGCAGCACCUCCUUGGAGAGCCACAUGAAGCUCCAUUCGGACCAGAAGACUUACUCUUGCAUUUUUUGCCCAGAAUCCUUUGACCGCCUUGAUUUGUUGAAAGAUCAUGUGGCCAUUCAUAUCAAUGAUGGCUAUUUCACCUGUCCAACUUGUAAGAAACGAUUCCCAGAUUUUAUUCAGGUAAAAAAGCAUGUGCGCAGCUUCCACUCAGAGAAGAUCUACCAGUGCACAGAGUGUGACAAGGCCUUCUGUCGCCCUGACAAACUUCGGCUCCACAUGCUCCGGCAUUCGGAUCGAAAAGACUUCCUGUGUUCUACCUGCGGGAAGCAGUUUAAGCGGAAAGACAAACUACGAGAACACAUGCAAAGGAUGCAUAACCCUGAGAGGGAGGCCAAGAAAGCCGACCGCAUCAGCCGCUCGAAGACCUUCAAACCUCGAAUCACAUCCACAGAUUAUGACAGCUUCACGUUCAAGUGCCGCCUGUGUAUGAUGGGCUUCCGGCGACGGGGCAUGCUGGUAAAUCACUUGUCAAAGAGGCAUCCGGACAUGAAGAUAGAAGAGGUGCCAGAGUUAACGCUCCCCAUCAUAAAGCCCAACCGAGAUUACUUUUGUCAGUAUUGUGAUAAGGUUUAUAAAAGUGCCAGCAAGCGUAAAGCCCAUAUUCUGAAGAACCAUCCAGGAGCUGAACUCCCACCAAGCAUUCGAAAACUUCGUCCUGCAGGCCCUGGAGAGCCAGACCCCAUGCUCAGCACCCAUACCCAGCUUACAGGCACCAUCGCUACCCCACCUGUCUGCUGCCCACACUGCUCCAAGCAGUACAGCAGCAAGACCAAGAUGGUCCAACACAUUCGAAAGAAGCAUCCAGAAUAUGCCCAGCUUCCCAACACCAUCCACACACCCCUGACCACUGCCGUGAUCAGCGCCACCCCGGCUGUAUUAACCACAGACAGCACUACCGGAGAGACUGUGGUGACAACAGACCUGCUAACCCAAGCAAUGACAGAGCUCUCUCAGACCCUAACAACCGACUACCGAACACCACAAGGGGACUACCAGAGGAUUCAGUACAUCCCUGUGUCUCAGUCCACGUCUGGUCUCCAGCAGCCUCAGCAUAUACAGCUUCAAGUGGUGCAGGUGGCUCCGGCCACUUCCCCUCACCAGUCUCAGCAGUCCACUGUAGAUGUGGGCCAGCUCCAUGACCCUCAGACCUACACACAGCAUGCUAUCCAGGUGCAGCACAUCCAGGUUACGGAGUCCACUGCAGCUGCCCCGGCGUCAUCCCAGGUAGCUGGGCAGCCCUUGAGUCCCUCUGCCCAGCAGGUGCAACAAGGGCUCAGUCCCUCCCAUAUUCAAGGCAGUUCUUCGUCACAAGGGCAGGCCCUGCAGCAGCAGCAGCAGCAGCAACAGCAACAGCAGCAGCAGCAGCAGCAACAGCAACAGCAGCAGCAGCAGCAGCAGCAGAGCUCCUCAGUACAACACACAUACCUACCCAAUGCUUGGAACUCCUUCCGUGCCUACUCAUCCGAGAUUCAAAUGAUGACCCUUCCUCCCGGGCAGUUUGUGAUUACAGACAGUGGCGUGGCAGCUCCUGUCACUUCUGGCCAAGUGAAGACGGUUGCUCCGGGUCAUUAUGUGUUGUCAGAAAGUCAACCAGAAUUGGAAGAAAAGCAAACUUCUGCUCUCCCCAGUGGAGUCCAGGUUCAGCCAUCUGCACAUAGUGACUCCCUGGACCCCCAGACCAACAGUCAACAGCAGACCACGCAGUACAUCAUCACGACUACCACCAACGGGAAUGGGAGCAGCGAAGUCCACAUCAGUAAACCGUAGCUUCUGUCCUGGAGCUACAGUCUGCACUCAUGUCAUGUCUGUUUUCAUUUGUAAGUCUGAAGCUUCUAACACUUAGACCUCUUUUUUAAAAUUUGUUAUUCACUCAAGAGUCUAGAAACUACAGUUGACACCUUUACAUACAACAGGGUUGGUUUUGCCAAGGCCAUCUUUAUCAGACUGACUCUUUAAACCCCAGGGUUUCUGCCACAAAAUGGAAAUCUUUCAGGGAAAGGUAGAUUUCAAGAUGGAGAAACUUUGGUUUGCUCUUGAGUUGGUUUUUUAACUCACUAAUAAGCCUUACUUUCCCUUUGUGGAAAUACUAAGUGGUAUAUUGUGUUCAUACCAAAGGUGGAGAUGGGAUGUGCCAUGUCUAUGGUCAUUGGACAUCAGAAUUCUAGCCCUGGCACCAAAGCAGAAGGGGCAUUUCAUGAACAUGAAUUAGGUCAGCAUUGCUUUAUCUUGUGAGUUUGAGAAGUUUACUGGAUAAGGAAAUAAAAAUGAGACAAAAGUUUGACAGAGGCUGGGGAUUUAGCUCAGUGGUUUCACCCCCUGCUGUGCAAGCACAAGGACCUGAGUUCGAUCCCCGGUACCAAAAAAAAAAAGUUUGACAGAGGCGUUCUGAAGGAAAAACUGACAUUUAAAAAUUUCAGAUUGUUGAUUUUUUGUUGUUGUUGUUGAGAUAGAGUUUUGCUAUGUUGCCCAGGAUGGCUCUGAACUUUUGGGCUCAAGGGAUCUUUCUGGCUCAGCCUCCCAAGCAGCUAGGACUAUAAAGGCGCCACCAUGAUUUUUAAAAUUUUUUUCUGUUUUGCAAAACUGUUGCUAGGAAAGUCAGUAGUGCUUUGCACAGAUGAUGGCCUUCAGCAGAUUUGGGCAAAACCUCAUGCUCUGAUAGUUCUCACUUUAUUACUCCACAAGGAUAGACUCCCGAAAGAGAAAAGGUUGAUAUCAGCAGAUUUAAACCUCUACAUUUAAGCUUUUCUUCCCAUUCUCUGAUUGUAGUUGUAUUCAGAAGGAAAUACUAGUGUACACACACACACACACACACACACACACUGAAAUCUUGACCUAUUUGUGCUUACCAACUAUACCUUUAACUCCUCUUCUUCCUCAUCCUCCUUUGUGUGUAUGUGUGUGUGUGUGCGUGCACGUGUGUGCAUAUGUGAUGAUGGGGAUCAAAACCAAGCCUGGGCCAGGGAUUUAGCUCAGUGGUUCCAGCACCUGCCUUGCCAAGCGCAAGGUCCCAAGUUCGAUCCCUGGUACAAACAAAACAAAACAAAACAAAACAAAAAAAACAACCAAGCCUCAUACAUGCUCUACCACUGAGGUAUAACUUCAGCCCCUACAUUGAUUCUUACAGCAUUCAGUGUAUUUUAGUACUUUUAAUGCUGUCUUAAAAUGAACAUUCUUUAAAGUUGAAUGGAAAGGUGGCCUUCCUUAUUUCUAAACACUUUUAACUUUAAACAUAUUGUAACUCAUCUGGACCUUUUUGUAAGAUGACCAACUUCACACUUAGGGGGAAAAUGUGGGGACCAUUUAUAUAGUACAGUACAGGAUCUGUAAGCUCUCCAGUCUAUAUGAAUAUUAUAGUGUCAGUUGGGAGAGGAAACAUUCUGCUGUGAUGAUAGUUUGUCUUAUAUGUGUUCCUGUUUGGGAAUCUUGUUUGCUAUGAAUCCAGUGAGGAAAAAUACUUCCCUUCUUUUUACUGAACAUUCCAAUUGUACAAAUUGUACACACAUAAAACAUUUCAAAAGUCAGUAUAUAUUUAACAGCUUUUGUGAUGUGCAUUUUUAGAAUAAUUAUUGCAUAGUGAGUUUAUCACUCCAGAUCAGAAAGACUUAACGUUCACUUCAGAUGAAAUUAAUUCAUUUGUUUUGUUUACCUUCCUGAGCAAAAACUGGUUCUAUGAAUUAAGAAGUGUAUUAGCUUCUUUAUGAUAAAGAUACCUUUCUGAAAAGUAAAUAAUUCUUUUGGAAUAACUUUACUAAUAAGUAGAUCUUGCACUUUAAUUUUGAGACCUCGUUUUUGUGGUUAUCUCUGAAAAUUGGGGCACUAAGAGAACUUGAAAAAGUUACCUCAAAAGUGUGCAGAAAUUGAAAAUGGAUUCUAUAUCUUUGGUGACAAAGAGGUAACAUCAAUAUUUUCAACAGAAAAUAUUGGCCCUGAGUCACAGAAUGCAGAGGGUGGUUCCGAAGGUCCCACAAAAUGCUGAUUGUAAAUAACCUAGUGUCCAGUUGAGAAAGACUUGUAGGGUGAAGGAUGCUAGACUUUCCCAAAGGUCCAGUUUUAGUUCUCGUAACUUAAAUUUGGCCCUGUUGGGUUCUUUUUAAUUUGAACCAGCAAGGAUUCUUCCCCUCUUCUCAGGAAUAAUUUAUUGAUUAAAAUAAAAAUCUAUCACUAAGUGGAAUGUUCGUUUUAUGCCAGUUAUUUCAAGUUUUAGAAUACAGAGAGGGAAAUGUUGAAGACAGAGUGUCUCAUUCCCUUCUAAGUGUUUUCCUCCUCCUUCUUCUUUGGUCCUCCUGUGGAAUCAUUGAAGACUCUAAGGCUAACUUACAUAUCACCAAUGAGAGAUGCAGUGCUAGUCCAGCCAAAUAAUACCGAGUUAGGAUCAGGGAUCGUGCACAUUCAUUCCAAGGUAAAGGAUUCUCAAAAGGGCUUGGAUUUGAAUAGAUGGAAGAGCAUCAUCCCUCUGAAGACUCAAUUUGGGAAACACGUGUAGUCAAUGUUUAUAUUAUGGCCUCUCCUAAGACACAUUGACACUGUAGACUUCAUUCAGUGCAAUGUGAAUAUUAUGGAGUGGAUUGAAUAUAGACUUUACAUUAUUGUUUGAUUUGUGUCCAGAGAAACAGACAUUUCAUCAUGUAAAAUUCCUGUUCUUCUGGAAAAACUUUUUGUUUUGAUCUUGGAUUAUUUUCUGACCUGGAAUUAUCCUUUCAAAAAACUCUUAAGAUAUCUAAGACUAAAAAAAGCACUUCAUGAGAUGCUAAAGCUGACUCAUUGGUUGAAAAUGUUGACUCUAUCCUGUUAUUUAAAUGUGAACAUUUAUUGUACAUUCAGUGAGUUAUAGUAUUAAUAGUCUUGUGGUACCCAGCAGGUGUAAAAAUUAAUAAAUAUUUUUUUUAAUA